UUUUGUUUUGUUUUGUUUUGUUUACAGGGACAUACACAUGAAGAUCUCUUAGGAAAAUUUUUCCGUAUCCUCUAUUAUGAUUCAAAUCUUGAUGGCGACUAUGCAAUUCCCACAUCAGAAACAAAACCUGCAAUCCUUUAUUUUACUCAGGCAAUUGAGCAACUCAGCAAAUAAGGUUUAACGCUUUCUCUUCUUUUGCAGGAGAAAUGCUUGCCCGGAACCCUGUCCUCAACCAGUCCGGCCCCACUGAGUUCGUAUUCCGUGUGCCCUCCACAGUCCCAGAAAUUCAAGCCCUUCUCUUCCUUCUUUUCCUCGUCCUCUACUUGAUGAUCCUUUGCGGCAACACAGCCAUCAUCUGGGUAGUGUGUACCGAUAGCUCCCUCCGCACCCCAAUGUAUUUCUUUCUGUCCAACUUGUCCUUUGUAGAGAUCUGCUACACCACGGUGGUGGUGCCCUUAAUGCUCUCCAACAUCUUUGGGGCCCAGAAGCCCAUUCCCUUGGUUGGCUGCGGGGCCCAAAUGUUCUUUUUUCUUACUUUUGGUGGUGCCGACUGUUUUCUCUUGGCAAUCAUGGCUUAUGAUCGAUACGUGGCCAUCUGCCACCCACUGCACUACGCCCUCAUCAUGACCCAGAAGCUGUGCUUCCAGGUGGUGUUUGGUGCUAUGGCCCUGGCCCUCUUGCUCUCCUUGCAGCUCACAGCCUUAAUUUUCACUCUGCCCUUCUGUGGGCACCACCGGGAAAUCAACCACUUCCUGUGUGAUGUUCCUCCCGUCCUGCGCCUGGCCUGUGCUGAUAUUCACGUGCACCAGGCUGUCCUCUACGUGGUCAGCAUACUUGUACUGACCGUCCCCUUCACCGUUAUCUCCGUGUCCUAUGUGUUCAUCACAGUGGCCAUCCUACGCAUCCGUUCUGCCGAGGGCCGCCGCCGGGCCUUCUCCACCUGCUCCUCCCACCUCACAGUGGUCUUGCUGCAGUACGGCUGUUGUGCCCUGGUCUAUCUACGUCCCCAGUCCAGCUCCACCGUGGAUGAGGAUCGCCAAUUUGCCCUUGUGUACACUUUUAUCACUCCCUUACUGAAUCCCCUGAUCUACACCCUUAGGAACAAAGAUGUCAAAGGUGCCCUGAAAAAGGCCAUCAGUAGCAAAGGAGCAGCUGAAACUCUCUGA